AUGGUGAUCGCUUUCGCGCAGCACGGGCAGCUCCAAGAAUCGCGACGCACCUUCGAUUCCAGCCUCGCGAGUUACAACGCGAUGCUCGCCUCUUAUGCCCAGCACAGGGAUCUGGAGCGGGCCAGAGAGAUCUUUUCAUCCAUGAAGCUCUGCAACCUCUUGUCGUGGAACAUCAUGCUCGCAGCGCACGCACAGUCCGGAGGCUCGAUUGAAGGCGCAAAGAAGAUCUUCGAUAGCAUGCCACAGCGUGAUCAGAUUUCUUGGAAUUCGAUGCUCUUGACCAAAAAUAUUGAGAGCGCAAAGCACGUAUUUGAUGAAACCCCGGAGAAGAAUUUUCUAGCUUGGAACACAAUGCUUUCCGCAUAUGCCGAAACUGGCCAUGGGGACUUAUCUUCUGGGUGGAGGCUCUUUUGUGCAAUUAGUAGCGACAAUAGCAUGAAACCCAACAAGGAUCACUAUGGCUGUAUGAUUGACAUGCUGGGAAAAAGAGCCUACUCGAUCGAUGCCAUAGAGCUUCUAAAGCAAAUGCCUUUUGUCCCUGAUUUACGAGAAGUGGUCUCAUUUCUGUUGCUGGGUAUGGGCUGUGGGAUC